AUGAUGAAAGUCUUUUGUGCUCAUGCCAUAUUGGCUGUGACCACCAUCUUCCUGGAUCAAACAAAUGCGCAGUGUAAUCCGUUGAACGAUCAAUGCUCGCCAAUUCCAGGCCUUCCAACAAGCACGUAUUCCAUCGACUUUACCCAACAAACCGGAUUGCCCUCAGAUUGGAUCCAAGCAGAAGGUGCCCCAGUAACAUUCGGCAAGAAUGGUGCUAAUUUCACCAUCGGAAAGCGUUUCGACGCGCCUUAUAUUUGGACCCGGUUUUACGUCCUGUUCGGUCGCAUUGAGACCGUUGUAAAGAUCGCACCAGGAACAGGUAUCGUUACGAGCGCCGUCAUGAUGUCGGAUGAUCUAGAUGAGAUAGAUUGGGAAUGGUCAGGAAACAACUUCGCGCAGUCCAGCGGUCGUGUUCAAACCAAUUGGUUUGGCAAGGGCAUUCCGGGGACCUACGACAGAGGGUCCCAGCCUCAAGUAGACAACCCUCAAGGCCAAUAUCACACAUACGUGUUCGAUUGGACUCCAGAUACUCUGACGUGGUUAGUGGACGGCUCCAAUGUCUACACCACCAAGAACUCGCAUCAGACCAGUAGUGCAUACCAAUAUCCACAAACACCCUCCCGUUUACAUCUUGGUGUUUGGGCUGCCGGUGACCAAGACAACAACCCGGCUACAGUUUGGUGGGCAGGCGGUUAUUCCAAUUUCAGUCUUGCACCUUUCAGUGCUUUUGUCAAAUCUGUCAAGAUCACCACGUCCUAUCCUUGCCCCAGCUGGCAAUUUCCAAAUCCAUUCAAUGGAACUUACCAGGCUGUGUUGUGCACAGAUCAGACCAUAACUUUACCAUGUACCUACACGGUCAAAUCUGGGGACAAUGGUCAGACGAUAGCGAACAGUCUAGAGGUGACGUUGGGCGAUUUGAAAGCUGCAAACCCCGGACUCAAUUGGGACUUGUUGGUGGCCGGACAGCCCCUGAAUGUCCCCGGCGGGAGUUGUGCGGCUUCAACACCCGUAUCUUCAGCAACCACUCAGUCUACCUCUUCAAUAAGCUCCACUUCACAAUCCCUUUCAGGCAGCUCAACCACGACAAGCUUUAUAGCUAGCUCUCUGACACCGUCGAGUAUUUCCACGACCUCUCCAACCAAUUCACCCACAAGUCUGAUGUCCACUUCAGCAUCAAACUCACUGUCAAGUGCAACUACCAAUGUCGACACAUCGUCUCCUGUGCAGACCUGGGCUUCAUUCUCGAUUUCCAGCAUGCCCUCAAGUCUGUCCGGCACUAGUGUCCCUGACUCCACUAAUUAUUCAACCACACUUAGUACCACGAGCGUGACGAACCCAGCACAGACGCCUUCCGCAUCUACCUAUACUGUGGUUGCAGGCGACUUUGGCUGGGCCAUUGCCGGUAAGCUUGGUUGCAACUUCGAUGCUCUUCUCUCCGCCAAUCCGAGUGUUGACUGGGACGAACUCCAAAUUGGACAAACUCUCAGUGCGCCCUGUGCAACCGGCCAUAUCAAGCCCACCGGAAGUUCUUCGAUCCCAGAGACUAGCGCCCCCGUUGGUAACUCGGUUUCUUUAUCGUCUGUCUCCGUACCUGCGUCUGCGUCUGCUUCUGCUUCUGCCACCAGCAGUAUCAGUGCUUCGGAAACGUCUACCAAUUCUGCAGGUCACUUGGAUUUGCCAAUCUCUUCUGCAAGCGCUACAAGUAGUGUGGUGUCUUCUUCGGUGGCACCAUCCCGGUCGGGAAGUAACGAUUCAGCAAGUUCCACCGACAAUUCAUCCUCGUCGUCCGCAUCUUAUGCCAGUAGUGCAAUCACGAGCUCGUCUAUUGGCCAGUCAGAAUUCACCUCUGCAGUAAUCUCGUCUAAUUCUGAAUCUGCUUUUCCAACCAGCAGUAUUGCGUCGCCGAGCUCGACCAACCCCGCUUCUCCAGAUCGAACGACAACCACAGCAGCAGCAAACCCUCCCAACCAACAAAUGACUUCAACAAAUACACCUAGUCAAAAUGUCGUCAACCCCACCCAUCCAGCAACAGCCACCAAGAUGGUCUGUAAUCAAGACAACUGCCUCCGCAACAUGAUUGACAAACGAUACUCGUCGUCAAUGGUGUCAUUCUGCUCAGGCUACACCGGCAUCGCCUCCAACCCAGCUCCUUUACCAACAUUCUUGACGGGCUGUUCAACCAACGUGAACAGAGUGAGUAGUGCUUGCAGCUGCCUGAUGACUAGUUAUGCAUCGGCCCAUUCAUCUUCGACUACUCCAGCCAUGACCGUUGGAGCACAAAAAGCAGGAACACCGUCGUGGAGAUUAAAGCGGUCACCAUUGAGAUGGGAGAGGUUAGUUGCGUGA